AUGAACGGGGUAGCCAAAACACCGAGCCAUGUAGCCUCACAGAAGACGAAGGAACCCUCGACCCCCUCACCUAACUACUUUGGUCUUGCCGUCAACAGCAAUGCCGACCACUUCUCCUCUAGUGCUGCCCAGCACAUUCGCGGAAACUGGAGCCCACCCACUUCCAACGUGCGCUCGACAGCUGCCGCCUCCCCACGGAUAAUACCCGUUGAGCAGAACCCAGAGUUUGAGCAAUUUAGGAAACAGUCGGAGAACAACAGAGCUUUUGCUCUGGGCAGCUUCGACUUUGCAUCGCCCGGCCUGAAGGCACAAUCCAAGAGCCCCUUCUUCGCCAACAUCGACUCCGCACAGCCCUCGUACUCACAGUCGCAGUCGAUGCCACCGCCCGACCGACCAGGCGACAAGAGCGAUACCAGCGACGAGCAAGAGUUCGCCCCCAAGCCACGUUCCCCAAAGCGCAUGCUGUCGACCGAAUCCUCCAUGUUUCCCGACCGACCACGAAGGAAUUCCCCAGCAAGCUUUGAUGGACCCGGUCGUUCAGAUGCUGUCGCCCAGUUCGCCGAACCCCGUAUCCCACGGCCAUCGUUACCUUCAAAGAAGAUGCAUCCCCAGCAAAUUUCAAUAUCCACUCACCGUGCUGAGACGCUUCCCGCGCAUUUUGAGGAAGAAGGCAACACUACCGGACCCACUAUGGUCACUGCUCAACAUAUCGUCAACAUCCUCCAGUCUUCCAUUGACGAGGUCCUUGUGCUGGAUCUCCGUGUGUCGACACAGUAUGCCAAGGCUCGCAUAACAGGCGCACUGAGCCUCUGUAUUCCUACGACGCUGCUCAAGCGCGCUUCCUUCAAUGUCCAGAAGCUAGCUGAGACCUUCAAAGAUGACGAACAAAGGGACAAGUUUGAGCGAUGGAGGAGCAGCAAACACAUCAUAGUAUAUGACGCCAACUCAUCGCAAAUGAAGGACGCCACAACCUGUGUCAACACCCUCAAAAAGUUCACCAGCGAGGGUUGGUCAGGUGGCACUUUUAUCAUCCGUGGUGGAUUCCAAGAAUUUGCUGAAAAGUUCCCAGCCUGGAUCACACACCAAAGCUCUGGAAGUCCGACCUCCGGCACUGCUGCUCUGAACCUCAACUCCGAUCUCCCUGCUGUCGCGCCUGUUAUCGGUGGCUGUCCCAUGCCUGCAACCCAGAACGCUGCUAACCCUUUCUUUGGCAACAUUCGUCAAAACAUGGACCUCAUCGGUGGAGUUGGGCAGAUGCCCGUCAAGCAGCCAGCAGGCAUGACCCAGUCAGUGGAAGACGAUCUUCCACAGUGGCUUCAGGCUGCAUCUGAAGAGCAAGACAAGGGCAAGACAGUCGCAGAACGAUUCUUGCAAAUCGAGAAACGUGAACAAAAGCGUAUGCAAAAGGCUUUGUCUGGUGAAGUUGUCUACGACGCUCCGUCGUCAUCAGGAGGCAAGGGACAGCAUAUACAGAUUGCAGGUAUUGAGAAAGGUUCGAAGAAUCGCUACAACAAUAUCUGGCCAUACGAACACACUCGUGUCAAGCUCGAAGGAGUUGCUGAAGGAAGCUGCGAUUAUGUCAACGCCAACCACGUCCAAGCCGCCUACUCCAACAAGCGUUACAUCGCAACGCAGGGACCCAUACCGGCUACCUUCAAAGACUUCUGGAACGUUGUUUGGCAGCAAGACGUUCGUGUCAUUGUCAUGUUAACUGCCGAGCAAGAAGGUGGACAGGUCAAGGCCCACAACUACUGGUCCGAUAAGCGAUAUGGCCAUCUACACCUCAACCCACUUGGCGAACGCAGGGCGUCUUUGGAGCCGUCGAAGAUCCAUCGUCACAGGGAACAAUCGAGGCCAUCAGUGGGUCAGCGCAGGUCAACGAACCCACCGAAGCUUGCCAACUUCACCAAGGAAGCUACUACUGGUUCUUCUAACCAGGAGCAGCCUUAUGUCAUCGUGCGCAAGUUCACUCUUUCGAACGAUGAUGAACCCUUCGCGCGUAUGCGCGAAAUCACACAGUUGCAGUACUCGCAUUGGCCUGAUUUCGGAGCCCCAGCCCAUCCUACGCAUCUAUUGGGCCUGAUUGAGCAGACUGAUGCUGUUGUCCGCUCGGUCAACGGUGGCUCGCCCUCGCAGCCUGACCCACCCAACAGCCGCCCGAUUAUAGUCCAUUGCUCCGCCGGAUGUGGCCGUACUGGUACUUUUUGCACGGUUGACUCCGUCUUGGAUAUGCUCAAGCGGCAAAGGCAAGCUCGCAACGCCAGGCAGUCGACUCCAAUGGACACCGACGACAAGUUAGCCAAGAACGAGCGCGAAGAGGACAGCUGGGUGAACAACGAGGAGACCGAUCUUAUUGCAAAGACCGUGGAGGACUUCAGACUGCAGCGGUUGAGCAUGGUACAGAGUCUGCGACAGUUUGUACUAUGCUACGAAAGUGUGAUGGAAUGGCUCGUUGAGCAGCACCCCAAGUCUGCGUAG